AAGGUUAGGGAAUUCCUCCAGGAGUCUUGUGGUACCAGUGGGAGGUGUGCAAGGCGUGGUGACUGCAGGGAAGUGGGACACACACACUCUAGCACACUUAGAGGAUUUGUGAGCACAGUCCUGACUGCAAGGCACUAAUCCUGCACUUAACCAGGUCACUUAAGAAGCGGAGAGGCCGGCAGCUGGGGGACACACACUUUUUGUUGGUGCAAGCAUGGCAGAGAGCGCAGGUGAGCAGCAACAAGUGCUCCAGAAGGUCAGGUCAGGGGAGUGGGGUGAGAAGUUACCCCUGAGCAAUGGACAGGUGGGCAGAGGUGAGGCUGAGGGGGCUGCGGAGGGUCCUCAGGCUGAGGGGUCAAGGGGGCAUGAGACAGUGGACCCUAGUCUAAGGGCAGGCACAGGGGGCAUAGAGGAGACUGUAGACCACAAUGGUAUGGAAGAUGUAGAAAAGGAAGGGGAGGCUGUGAACCCCAUAGUGCAGGAAGGUGCAAGUGAAAAAGAGGAGGCUGCAAAUCCCAAUGUAAGGAACGGGGCAGGAGGGAAAGGGGAGGCUGAGAACCCCAAUGUGGAGGACAGGGCAGGAGGGAAAGGGGAGGCUGGGAACCCCAAUGUGGAGGACGGGGCAGGAGGAAAAGGGGAGACUGUGAACCUCAUUGCGGAGGACGGGGCAGGAGGGAAAGAGGAGGCUGGGAACCCCAAUGUGCAGGAUGGGACAGGAGGGAAAGGGGAGGCUGGGAACCCCAAUGUGGAGGACGGGGUAGGAGGGAAAGGGGAGGCUGGGAACCCCAAUGUGGAUGACAGGGCAGGAGGAAAAGGGGAGGCUGUGAACCUUAAUGUGGAGGACGGGGCAGGAGGGAAAGGGGAGGCUGGGAACCCCAAUGUGGAGGACGGGGCAGGAGGGAAAGGGGAGACUGGGAACCCCAAUGUGGAGGAUGGGGCAGAAAAGAAAGGAGAAGCUGUGAACCCCAAUAUGGAGGAGGAGGCAGGGGGGAAAGGGGAGGCUGUGAACCCCAAUGUGGAGGAUGGGACAGGAGAGAAAGAGGAGGCUUUGAACCCCAAUGUGGAGGAGGAGGCAGGGGGGAAAGGGGAGGCUGUGAACCCCAAUGUGGAGGAUGGGACAGGAGAGAAAGAGGAGGCUUUGAACCCCAAUGUGGAGGAGGGGGAAGGAGAGAAGGAGGUUGUUAACCCCAAUGUGGAGGAGGGGGCUGGAGAGAAAGGGGAGCCUGUGACUACCAAUGUGGAGGAUGAGGCAGGAGGGAAAGGGGAGGCUGUGAACCCCAAUGUGGAGGAGGGGGCAGGAGGGAAAAAGGAAGCUGUGGACCCAAAUUUAGAGGAGGGGGCAGGAGAGGAGGAGGUUGCAAACCCUAAUGUGGAGGAGGGGGCACAAGGUGAAGAGGAAACUGUGACCCCCAAUGUGGAAGAGAGUGCAGGAGAGAAAGAGGAGGCUGUGAACCCCAAUGUGGAGGAAGGUGCAGGAGAGAAGGAGGAGGCUGUGAAUCCCAAUGUGGAGGGCAGUGCACUGGAGAAAGGGGAGGCUGUGAACCCCAAUGUUGAAGAGAGUGAAGGAGAGAAUGUUGAAGCUGUGGACCCCAAUGUAGAUAUGGAUGCAGGAGAGAAAGAGAGUGUGAAAACCAAUGUAGAGGCCACUGCAGGAGAGAAAGGGGAGGCUGUAAACCCCAAUUUGGAGGAGAGGACAGCCGAGAAAGAUAAUGUUGUGAACCCCAAUAUAGGUGGGGGUGCAAGUGAGAAAGAGGAAGUUGUGCACCCCAAUGUAGAGAAGGGGGCAGGAGAAAAAGAGGAGGCUGCGAACCCCAUUGUAGAGGAAGGUGCAGGAGGGAAACAGGAGGCUGUGAACCCCAAUGUGGUAGAGGGUACAGGACAGAUAGAAGAGGCUGAGAACAAUAAUUUGGUGGAGAAUGCACAAGGUAAGGGGGUGACUGAGAACCCCAAUUUGGAAACAGGUUCAGGAACACAAGAAGAUAACAAAGAAAAUGCUGAGAUACCUUUAGCUGAGGGAAAUGCAGUAGAAAAGAAGGAGGCUGACAGCUCCAGAAAAAAAGAGGAUACAGGGGAGAGUCAGGAACAAGAGACACUAGUUAUAGCCCCUGAUGUAGACAUCACUGCACAUGGGGAUCAGCCUGAGGCACCCACAGAACCCACACAGCCUGAUCUAGAUAAGGAUGAGAAGGAAGGUGGAAAAGGUGAGAGCAGUGAAGGGACCUCCAGCAGUGAUGAGGAGGAGAAAGAGAAGAAGGAAAAGGAUGAGGACAGUAACAAAGAAAAAGCUGGAGAGGAAGAUGCUGAAAAGCAAGAAGAGGGGGAGGAGGGAGAAGGAGCUGCAGGACAUGUAGUCUUGGGAGCUAGAGAACAAGUGGAUACAGAAGGCAUUGCUGGAGCAGAGGUAGAACAUGGGAAUAAUAGUACAGAUCAGGUGGAGGAAGGGACUGCACCCAUACAUACAGGAGCAGGAGGAGAAGCAUCUCUGGAGAUAAGUGACAUAAAUGUAGAGAAGUCAGAAAAAGUUUUAGAAGAAGAUGGAGAUGAGAGGCAAGGACCUAGUGGAGAGGAGGAGAAUAUUGAGGAAAAACCAGAAGAGCUCACAGCUGAGGGUGAACCUGGAGAAAAACUUACAGAAGAACACCACCUACCAAAUGAGAGCAUUACAAUAGAAAACAAUGCAAUCCUGGGAGAGAUGCCUGAGACAGUGCCUGGGGACAGUCCUGCUAAGGCUGAGGACACCCCAACAGAAGAAGAAGAAGCCCCAAAUACAGGAUCUGAGGCCAGUGCAGGCAAGGAAGAUACAGUUAGACAGAAUGGUAUGGUCCAGAUGGUCGGCCCAGACACCCCGGUACAGUACAACGAGGCCCCGCAAGAACAUGACAUCUGCCUAUUUGUUAAGGCUGGAAGUGAUGGGGAAAGUAUUGGGAACUGUCCGUUUUCUCAGCGUUUAUUUAUGAUCCUGUGGCUGAAAGGCGUCAUCUUUAGCGUCACCACGGUGGAUCUGAAGAGGAAACCUGCAGAUCUCCAUAACCUGGCACCUGGAACAAACCCGCCAUUCAUGACAUUCGACGGCGAGGUGAAAACCGAUGUGAAUAAAAUCGAAGAAUUCUUGGAGGAAAAAUUAACAGUGCCAAAGUAUCCUAAACUUGGACCAAAACACCCAGAAUCCAACUCGGCGGGAAAUGAUGUGUUUGCAAAAUUUUCAGCCUACAUAAAAAAUCCCCGAAGAGAUCUAAAUGAAACUUUGGAGAAGAACCUGCUUAGAUCCUUUAGAAAGCUGAAUGACUUUCUGAAUUCACCGCUGCCUGAUGAGAUCGAUGCCUAUUCCACGGAGGAGAUCGUCGUCUCCAACAGGAAAUUUUUGGAUGGGAAUCAGUUCACACUAGCAGAUUGUAACCUGUUACCCAAAUUACACAUAAUAAAGGUUGUUUGCAAAAAAUUCCGGAAUUUCGAAAUCCCGGCAGAAAUGACUGGAAUCUGGAGAUACCUCAACAACGCAUACACCAGGGAUGAAUUCACCAACACCUGCCCGGCAGAUUAUGAGAUCGAAUUUGCAUAUUACGGCGUUGCCAAACAAAUGAGCGUAUAAAUAAAAAUGAAUGUUGCCGAUUCCAGGAAAUAUUCCAUAUGCAGUAUUUUGGUUCACAAGGGGUCAUUUGUCGAAAUCAAUAUUCAGUGUAUAAGAUUUACCAGAAAAUUGUUUAGUUAGAGCGCAGCAGCUUUUCCAUUGGCCAUAAAUAUCCAGAUUCAUUCCAUAACUUUGACGGUUGUGUGCACGUGGGGG